UUGCCACGGUGAUUUUAAUCUGAUUGCCGUAUUACGCACCCCCACAGAUCCGAACUUACAUUUCUCUGCUGCAGGCUGCACUGCACAAUCACCUUCCUCACCUUCUCCUCCUCCUUCUCCUCCUCCUCCUCGUCAUCUUCUACUUCUCCGUCGGUAAGAGGGCGUGCCCCUGCUAUCUUUGUUACUGCCUUUGAGUUGGUGGCUGUCGAUAAUCUUCGAGUUAAUCAAGAUGGUUGUGCUUGCUGCUUCCAUUAUAAGCAAGUCUGGGAAAGUGCUUGUAUCUAGACAAUUUGUGGAUAUGUCUCGUAUAAGAAUUGAAGGUCUUCUUGCGGCUUUCCCUAAGUUGGUUGGCACUGGCAAACAACAUACUUAUGUCGAGACAGAAAAUGUGCGCUAUGUUUACCAGCCAAUAGAAGCUUUGUUCUUGGUACUUGUUACAAACAAGCAGAGCAAUAUACUGGAAGAUUUGGAGACUUUGCGGCUACUCUCUAAACUUGCACCUGAAUACUCUUUGUCCCUAGAUGAAGAGGGUGUAUGCAGGACAGCUUUUGAGUUAAUUUUUGCUUUUGAUGAAGUCAUCUCUCUUGGGCACAAGGAAAAUGUGACUGUUGCACAGGUGAAGCAGUACUGUGAAAUGGAGAGUCAUGAAGAGAAACUGCACAAGCUUGUGAUGCAGAGCAAGAUAAAUGAGACCAAGGAUGUUAUGAAGCGGAAGGCUAGUGAGAUUGACAAAAGCAAGAUUGAUAGGGGCAGAGCUGAUAAAGGCGGAUAUAUGUCCUUACAGUCAAUGGGAUCUGGGAGAAUUGAGAGUGCGUUUAGUGAGAUGAGCAUAUCCAGUAGUGGAAGUGGCUUUGGAGGUGGUUCUGGUUUCGGAUUGAGUACUGAUAUUGACUCAUUUUCCACAAAGACCAAAGGUCGUCCACCCUCGUCUGCUACUGCUCCUCCAAAGGGUUUGGGUAUGCAGCUGGGAAAAUCACAAAGGACCAGCCAAUUUUUGGAGUCCUUGAAAGCAGAGGGAGAGGUGAUUCUUGAAGAUGUACAGCCAAAAGCAGGCCAGUCUAAAUCAGCUGCCCCACCUCUAACUGAUCCUGUCACUUUGAAUGUUGAAGAGAAACUUAACGUAACCCUUAAACGUGAUGGUGGAUUGAGCAACUUUGAUGUUCAGGGGACAUUAUCUCUGCAAAUUCUUAACCAGGAAGAUGCAUAUAUCCAAGUCCAGAUUGAAACUGGUGGAAAUCCUGGCAUCCUUUUCAAAACACACCCUAACAUGAACAAAGAGCUAUUCUCCAAUAAUAACAUUCUAGGCCUAAAGGAUACGUCUAGGCCUUUUCCUACUGGUCAAACUGGUGAUGCAGGAGGUGUUGGUCUUUUGAGAUGGAGAAUGCAGACUUCAGAUGAGUCAAUGGUGCCCCUAACAAUCAACUGUUGGCCCACUGUUUCUGGGAAUGAAACUUAUGUCAACAUUGAGUAUGAGGCUUCAGAGAUGUUUGAUCUGAGAAAUGUUGUUAUCUCAGUACCUCUCCCAGCUGCGAGAGAGGCUCCACGAGUAAACCAGAUUGAAGGUGAAUGGAGAUAUGAUGCCAGGAAUUCAACGUUGGAGUGGUCCAUACUUCUUGUAGAUAACUCGAACCGCAGUGGGUCAUUGGAGUUUGUUGUUCCCCCAGCCGACCCAUCUGUAUUUUUCCCCAUUUCUGUGUGCUUCUCUGCCACCGAGACAUUCAGUGACCUGAAGGUUUUGAACAUUAUACCUCUGCAAGGUACAGCCCCUCCCAAGUUUUCUCAAAGAACGCAGUUGAUCACGGAGAAUUACCAAGUGGUGUGAUAGUCUAUCUGCAACUAGAAUACCAGUUUCUGCAACCUUAUUUUUGGAAUGGAUUAAAUUCUGAAACCAGCAGGUUUCAUUUUGUGGUGUUUUAUUUUCCAUUAAAUUUGAGAUGAAGGGAUGCUAGACUUUGAUAUAUUUUUUUUCUAUAAUUUGAAGCUAUGAAAUGUUGUUAUAUAAACUACAAUCUUGAUAGUGAAUGAUCUGCCAGAAUUUGGGUACAAUAAUUAAAGGUGCAAAUUCUUUCA